AUGAAGCUUCUCUCACUUAUUGCACUUGGUGCUACCGUUGUGAGAGGCCUUGCUUUUGAUUCUCUGACUCAGAAUACUCCCCCCGGUGCCAAAGUCUACCAUGUUAGCGAUGUAGCCGGACUCGCACAGAUCAGAGGACACCAUCAUAAGCAUCCUGAUCGACGCACUGUGACGAUUCGGGCUUCGCGCAACGAUAGCGAUGACAUCUCGGCUGACUUCCUCUGGGGGAUUCGUCGUGCGAACCACGGGGGAAGACUACUUCUCAAGAAGGGCGAGACGUACGUGAUUGGAAGAAAGCUGGACUUGAGGUUUCUGGAUAAUCUCGAGGUGCAGUUGGACGGUGAAUUAAAGUUCACCGAUGACGUUCCCUACUGGCAAGCGAACCAUUUCUAUUACGCGUUCCAAAAGUCCAUCUCGUUCUGGCGAUGGGGAGGCCGUGAUAUCAAGAUCUUUGGAACGGGCGUGCUGAAUGGAAACGGCCAACGGUGGUAUAACGAGUUUGCCGGCCUUGAGAUUUUGGUACCUCUCUCUCUCUUGGCCUUCCUUGUGAAUGAAGUUAACGGAUUUAAUGUGGAAAAGGAUUCCAAGAACACAUACUACCGUCCGAUUCUCUUCCUCACGGAGAAUGCCACCCGGAUAUCAGUAGAGGGAAUCACACAGCUCAACUCGCCGUGCUGGACGAACUUCUUCAUCAACACCACGGAUGUUUCCUUUGACGAUGUCUUUAUCAAUGCGUAUUCGACGAAUGCUUCGGCGGGAAAAGAAAAGCUAAUGAGCCAGGCGCUGCCUAAAAACACGGACGGCUUCGACUCUCUCAAUGUCAACGGCCUGUCGGUGACCAAUACGCGCGUGGACAUUGGCGACGACUGCUUCUCGCCGAAACCCAACACGACCAACAUCUUCGUGCAGAACCUGUGGUGUAAUAAUACUCACGGCGUGAGCAUGGGCAGCAUUGGACAGUACGCUGGGGUGAUGGAUAUUAUUGAACAUGCGUAUAUCGAGAACGUGACUCUCCUGAAUGGACAGAACGGUGCGCGUCUCAAGGCCUGGGCUGGUCCCAACGUGGGCUACGGUCGAAUCAACAACAUCACGUACAAGAACAUCCGGAUCGAAAACACAGACCACCCCGUGGUUCUGGACCAGUGCUACUUUGAUAUUCCUACCGAGGAAUGUGCGCAGUAUCCUUCGCGGGUGAACGUGACGAAUAUCGUGUUUGAGGAUAUUUACGGCACUUCCUCGGGUGCCGAGGGAGCUGUCGUGGCGGAUCUUACUUGCUCGCCCAAUGCUGUGUGCUCGAAUAUUCAUCUGGAGAAUAUUGACUUGUCGACGCCAGAGGGAGAGGGGGUGAUUAUUUGCGAUGGUAUCCGGGGGGAUAUUGGGGUGAAGUGCCAGGCAUCCUAA